CUUAACUAAAGAUAAAAUCCAAAUUUUAGUAGAUACUUCAAUUUUGAUUGGCUUAGCACUAAAAUCAAUCUAAUAUUAUCCAAUCAAAUUACUAAAAUUUGGAUUUUAUCUUAGUUAAAAUUUCGUGAAACGGGCCCAGGUCUUGAAUCUAAGUUAUCAGUUCAUCAAAGUCGAGAAAUUUCGUUUUGGGGGGUAGAAAGUUGAGUGUGAGAACUAAGAAAUAUUCCACGACACUAUCAACUGCAUGUGAUUAAAAUCGCUUCACUAUCAUACGCCAAUAUGUAGUACAAGCGUGUGAUGAAACUUACGUCACAUGUGUUUUGAUAAUUAUGACAGGAAGAAAUAAUUCAACUCGACCGGAAAAUGUAUAAUAACUUUCAUUACAACUUUUCAGAUUUAGGGCAUUUAACACUCGUCACUAACCCUUGACAUCAAACAGUGCGAAUAUCAUCGUGGUUAUGAUAAUGUCGGAUAAUAGACAAUGUGGUGUAGUCCUAACUGUUUUAAUUAUUAUAGAGAUUGUAGCAGGUCAAACAUACAGUUUAUCAGGAUCAGCAUCAUAUGGUAUUAGAGGAGGGGAUUAUGGAUUUACAUGUCAGAUAUCUGGUGGUAAUUUUAUACCCAUUGAUAUUAUCCAGUUUAGCAGGGACAAUAUCUCAAUCUGUAGACAAUUAUUAAGAUGUACACCUGGAUCAUCAUCUGAUACCAGAUAUACAUGUGGUUGUAUCAAUGGUAACAACAGAACACUGUAUCUAAAUAUAACUAAUGUUAAAUCAACUGAUGGCGGAACCUGGACCUGUGGAGAUAGCUUUAAUAGUGGCACCAGUCCAUCUGUAACCCUUCCUGUUUACUAUGGACCAGAGAAUAUCAGAUUUACACCAACCAGUUCUAGUAUAACAGUGAUAGAAAAUGAAAGUAGAUCUGUAACCUGUUCAGCUGACUGUAAUCCACCACCGUGUAAUAUCAACUGGUAUAAAAGAUUAACUAUAACAUCAUCAACUGAACUUCUUUCAUUGAACAACAUCCAGAGACAACAAGCUGGUAAUUACACCUGUCAAGUUACAAAUACACAGAUACCUAAUUCACUUCAAUCUAAACAACUGACGGUCAUAAUACAUUAUGGACCAGAGAAUAUCAGAUUUACACCAACCAGUUCCAGUAUUACUGUGAUAGAAAAUGAAAGUAGAUCUGUAAACUGUUCAGCUGACUGUAAUCCACCACCAUGUAAUAUCAACUGGUAUAAAGGAUUUGAUACUAGUGGUAGUAUAAUAUCAUCUAGUAAUGGUUUACUACAACUAAAUAACAUCCAGAGACAAGAUACAGCUUAUACAUGUCAAGCUCAACACAGAACCUUAACAACAACCCCACUUACUAAAACACUACAGAUAACAGUUUAUUACCCAUCAAAUAUAACAAGUCUAACACCAGAUGCCACCAACAAUAUGGUAGAUAAAGAUUCUACUGUAACCUUCAUCUGUUCUGUAGAUAGUCUUCCAUCUUCAGAAAUAGCCUGGUCUAGAUCACAACAAGGGGAACAACUCUAUUCUGGUAGCCAAUAUAUCAUACCUAAAGCUAGUUGUCAACAUACAGAUAACUAUACCUGUACAGCUAGUAAUAAUAUUGGUCAAUCUGUAUCUAAAACCAUUCCAAUCUUUGUUAGAUGUGUCCCUGUUCUUGACCCUAACCAAGAAACUAAAACCACUAUAUCUGUACCACAUGGAGAAACGGGUGUAUUAUCAAUCCAUGUUUUAGCUUAUCCACUACCUGUAUAUACGUGGUAUUAUCAACCACAGGAUGGUAGUGAAAAACUGGUUACAGAUUUUAGAACGACACAACUAGAUGAUGGUCUUUCAUCAACAUUAACUAUACAAGAUGUUACAGAAAAUGAUGGUAGAAAAUAUAUAGUUUAUGUUAAUAAUAGUUAUGGUACCAGAUCGACAGUAUUUAACCUGGUGGUAUCGUCGCAAGACACUGAUGUAAAUGGGUGUAAUAACAUGCUAGGUCUUGGUAUAGCUAUUGGUCUGGGAAUCAGUGUUCUAAUGGUUGGUAUUGGGACAGCUUUAGCUUGGGUGAUUUUGAAGAGAAGUGGAAAAGGAUUUUGUGCAAAAGCAAAUGAUCAAAGAGUAGUUAAAGAUACAACCAGUCACGAUACAGAGUUAGAUAACAUUAUCUUGUCUGAUACUCCACAUGUUUAUGACCAAGUUAAUACUGGUGUCACAAAUACCAGAGAUACAGUUAAUACUGGUGUUAUAGAAACCAGUACGACCGUGUCUGACUAUAUCAAUACAUCAACAACAUCAUCACCAUAUGAAGAACUGGAUAAACAAACUAUAGAUCAGCAACCCAACACUUACCAACAACUCAGUCCCUAUCAAAAUGUAACAGGGGAUAAAAACUGAAUUGGCCCUGUGUUGUAAAUGAUCAAUACAUCUAAGUGUUUAUAAUGAUAAGAGAAAUGUAAUAACAUAAUUCAGCAUCCGACAAACAAUUGUAAAAUUCGAAUAGAAUAUUGUUAUACAAGAAAGCUAAAUUUUGUGUUGUGAUAACCAUGACAAAACCUUAUAUUAUUAUUAUUAUUAAUCUGAUUAAAAUGAACCACUACUUUGAGAUCCCAGCAUAAAAAACACUGCGUGUAUUCCAUUAUCGAGUUAGGCGAUAGAAGCUUUAGUACUGCUGGAUCAAAACCGUGGAACAAUUUAUCUCAAACUAUUUACAAUAGCUAAACUCUUACAAGUUUCAAAGCUCAGAUAUAAACCCGUUUCUUGAAAAAAUCUUAUGUAAACUAAAUUUAAAUAGACACGUAUGUAGUUUAUUCUUUUGAGUAUGCUUAUGGAUGGCUCUCAGGAUUUAGUCAUUAUCGAUAUCAUUAUUAUGCGUUUUAUUUUUUUUAUAUUGUAAUGCUUAAAAAUGAUAUUAAAUGUUAUAUUUCUCUCUACAUAGAAUAACAUUAACACUUUUUAUCAAUUUUUUAAUACCUAUAGCUACCGUGAAGCAGCUGAAAAAUUAAUGAUCACAUCGGAAAACUGUUCGACAAUUACACCAUACAGUGCUGUAUAAAUAUUUGUUGUCAUAUAUCUCGCAAAAAAGUUAACAUACAGGUCAAGCAAU